AUGAUAAAGUUUAAAGAAUGUGUUUCUGUGAUUCAUGGUUUGAAUUUUACAAGUGGGUUGCAUCUAGAUGUUACAACUCGAUGGAAUUCUACGUACAUUAUGCUUGAAAAUGCUAUCAAGUAUCGGAAGGCCUUUGAGUAUUUGAAGGCAACCGAUCAUGCUUAUAAGUAUUGUCCUUCGGUUGAUGAAUGGGGGAGAGCUGAAAGGAUAUGUGAAUUUUCAUACCCCUUUUAUGAAACUACUAAUUUGAUUUCUGGCAUGUUUUAUCCUACUUCAAAUUUGUAUUUUCUACAAAUCUAUCAUAUUCAAUGUGUUUUGAUGAAAAGUUUGAGAAGUGAAUAUGAGCUUCUAAGGAGCAUGGGAGAAAAGAUGAUAAACAAAUUUAAGAAGUAUUGGAAAAAGUAUAGUGUCAUUCUUGCAUUUGGUGCUAUUCUUGAUCCUAGGAUUAAGAUUUCUACUUUAGAGCUUAUGUAUGAAGAGAUUGAUGCUGAGACUACAAAAGGGAAGGUGGAACAUGUGAAAGAAAUUAUACAAAAAUUGAUGAAACGUAACCAUCAAGCUGAGGUCUCUAGUGGAAAGAAUCCAUUUGAUACAUAUUUGAAGGAGCCACUUUUGUCAAAGGAUUGCUUUGAAGAUUUAGAUGUUUUGGAAUGGUGGAAAUUAUAUGAGAGUUGUUAUCUGAAGUUAUCAAUCAUGGCACGUGAGUUAUUGAGUAUUCCAAUUACUAUGGUUGCAUCGGAAUCUGCCUUUAGUACUGGAGCUCAUGUCAUUAACAAAUAUAGAAGUCGAACGUUGCCAGAAAAUGUUGAGGCUGUGAUUUGUACUCGCAAUUGGAAUAAAGGCUUUGUUGAUGGUGAACGUAAAGGUGAAGAUGUGAAUCCUCAAGAUGCUAGGCGAGGCGGUGUUUCAACUUUCGGAUCAGAUUCAAAUUUUAUUGAUUUGGAAGUUGAUAAUUGA